GUGUUCUUCAGAGAUAGCAGUGAGCAGUUAGUUGCAUGAGCUCCAGAGCGGAAGUCUAAUACUGGGCUACUGUGGAAGUAAAAAAGUGUGUCCUGAUUUUCUUCCGUUUCUAUUUUUUCAAUAGGCACUUUUACUGUGAUUCUCAGCGUGAUUUAUAGAAAAGAAAAAGUUUGACCUGUAUUUCUAACCCUGAUUGGUGUGUAGUCCCAUUUCUUUUAUAACCCGCCAAUUAUUCCAACUCUACUUUCAAGACGAAAAUCCAUGUCAGACGUACUGAGAAUGGCGUAACAUCACAUAUCUACUCUACAGUUUCUCCUUAGUGGAAUUAAAUGUGCAACACUCUCAUCUGGAUGAUGAUAAGAUGAUGUGAAACUGAUAAACAAGUAAAUCCUGUGUGACUGUGUGUGAAUGUGUGAGUGUGUGGGUUGAUUAGGGCACAGGAUUAGGAUUCACCCCUGAUUUUUUGGCUCUGCCAAACAGAAACCAUGGCUACGACAACGAAAAGAGCGUGGAAACUUCAAGAGUUUUCUGCCCAUGGAGCCAAUGUGAAUUGCUUGGCCUUAGGAAGCAAGUCAGGACGAGUCUUGGUCACCGGGGGAGAUGACAAAAAAGUCAAUUUAUGGGCAAUUGGCAAACCAUCAUGCAUCAUGAGUCUGAGUGGCCAUACAACGGCUAUUGAAGCGGUGAGAUUCUCUCCAACGGAAGAAUUGGUGUGCGCGGGAAGCGCUGCUGGAGCUGUCAAGGUGUGGGAUCUGGAGGCGGCGCGGAUGGUGCGCACGCUGACUGGGCAUCGGGCUGGCAUCAAAGCCCUCGAUUUCCAUCCCUACGGCGACUUUCUCGCCACUGGCUCAACAGACACCAACAUGAAACUGUGGGAUAUUCGACGCAAAGGUUGCAUUUUCACGUAUAAAGGACAUAGUUCGACCGUCAAUAGUCUGAGAUUCAGUCCCGACGGUCAGUGGGUGGCCUCGGCCGGUGAUGAUGGCUACGUCAAGAUAUGGGACCUGAGAGCUGGCCGACUUUUGUCUGAGUUGCGUGAACACACAGCCGCAGUCACUGAGGUCGUGUUCCACCCGCACGAGUUCUUAUUGGCAUCGGGGGCCGCUGACCGACGCGUCCUCUUUUGGGAUUUGGAGAACUUUACGUUAGUCUCUAAUUCCGAUCCAGAAACAAGUGGCAUCAGAUCGAUUUAUUUCCAUCCGGAGGGUAAAUGUUUAUUCAGUGCAGCUCAAGAUGGACUGAGAGUAUAUGGAUGGGAACCUUGCCGUAUCCUGGAUUGUAUUCCACUUCCAUGGGGUCGUAUCCAAGACAUGGCCGUCACCUCUGGCCAAUUGAUUGGUGUCUCGUAUAACUUGAGCAACGUGUCGAUCUACGUAAUCGACCUGAAGAAAGUGGCACCCUUCGGUGAUUCUUUACAGACUUCUUCUGGCCUCGGCGGAGGAGGAGUUGGCAUCGGAGGAGGAGGAGGCGGAGGAACGGCAUUCCAGCACGGCGUAUCUUUUCGCAAGAGUUUCAACAAGGAGCGACCGCCGGGCGGUUUGCGCCAAAGUCAGAUCAAGAUGAAUCACGACACAAUAGAGUCGGAUGAAAAGUCGAGCACUGAGACGGAAGACGACGGCAUCGCUGCAGACAUUAAGGACUUGAACCACUACCACAACAUCUUUCAACCUCGCGGUAGAGAGUUGUCUCGCACCCCCCCUCCGCUCGAGAUCAAUUCGGACAAAGAGUCAAGCACGGUACUAAUCGGCGACAAAGUGAAACUGGAUCCAGCCAUUCCGCAGGUUAUCCGUCCUCCGCCACCUGAUCUGGUUCAGCAGCAUUCACCUCUCCCUACACCGGCAUCGGGUAAUAGUCCGGUUCAUCGGCCGUCACCUUCACCUUCGCCACCUUUCGUUAAAACGUCACAGAGUGGACCCGGAAGACCGGCUGCGGGUCUCACAACUAUGAGAGAAAGACGAAACAGUACAUCAUCGGUAACUUUGUCGUCUAACAAGACCAUCACAUCUAUCACGAGCGUAGAAAGAGAGUCCUAUAACCUGCAUACACCGACCAAUUUAAUUGCCAUGACGUCUCCACGUCCGGACGUGACCCACUUAAGUGGAGGCCCGCCCGUUUUACCGCCAACUGGGCCGCAUACAUCGCGCGGCCGUAACCCCCUCCGUCGAGAUUUGGUUCACCGAAAGGAUUCGAUUAAAGAAGUGCUUCAGCCUUCGCUUUCUGAUCCUGAGAAUCCACCAAAAUUGAACAACAUACGCCACAGCCCUUCGGAACCUUCAUUGAAUAUGCGAUCGCAUUCGACAUCACGUUCCAGUUCUUUAACUCGCAAUCGACCAGAUCUGACUGUACCCACUCCGAAAGCCAGAGUCAAUUCACUUUAUUCCCCUUUCAUGUCAUCACAACCUCCGAUGAGUACUCAUAAUGUUCACCAGGAUUUCGUCCCAAUUAUGUCUGAUAAACCGUCAGGCCUCGAUCUUGAGGAUUUUAUGCCGCGCAAAUUCAAUUCCGUGUCGAUGGGUGGUGGCAGCCCUUCAGUAUCUGGAAUGUCCAGUCCGUAUGAAGAAUCCAGUUCCCUGGCGUUGGAGCAAACUGAAAUGGAAAUCGUGACCAACAUUGUCCAGGGGCAUCAGCCGAUGAUGACCGUUUUAAGUAGUCGGCAUCGCAAUCUGCAGAUAAUUUAUAAUCUCUGGCAGAACAAGGAUGCCAAGGUGGCUGUGGAGACGGCAGUAACAAUGAACGAUCCGGCCGUUGUAGUAGAUUUGCUCAGUGUAAUCAUUUUCCGACCAUUCUUGUGGAGUUUGGAUUUGUGUGUGUUAUUAUUACCCGCCAUCGCCGACCUCCUUCAGAGUAAAUUUGAAGUAUAUGUCAACACGGCUUGCAAUUCAUUGAGACUGGUAUUGAAAAAUUUUGCUACGGUGAUUAAAAGCAACAUCGAGACUCCGACCCAAUCGGUUGGGGUGGAUAUCUCACGUCAAGAACGGUUCAAUAAGUGCAUGUCGUGUUACAGUCAAUUGGUGCCUAUAAAAGCCUUUGUUCUCAAACGUCAAGCCAUGGCCGGCAAAAUGGGGCAGACGUUUCGGGAGCUUCACAUCCUACUGCAGGUCUUUGAUUGAGAUCCUUUUUAUUCUGGUGUGCACUUCACCUUUCACCUCAGCGUACAGCUCCCACACCGUCAGGAUGAUGAAAUUACAACGAUGCAUACAUCCGUCCAAAAUGAAAAAGUCCCUAUCUCCUGAAAACAAGUUAAGCCGUAAACAAAGAGAUAUUCUCUUUUUUUUUUGUCCUUAGAUGCCAUAAAUUCAUUCUUUAAUUUAAGAAAUCCAACAUCAAUAAUGUUCGAAAGGUGCGCUCACCGUCUUUUGUGAUAUAACAAAUGUGUUUAGCCUUACAGCGCAUGUUCGCGUAUUCUUUUUUUUUGCCUCCCGCCACCAAUUGUGCGAGUAGUUCUCUUUUUUUGGGUCUUUUGACUUUCCUUUUCGAAUGCUUCAGUAGCCUUUUUCAAAUUACAAAUUAAUUUUCCCUCUUCCCCAAAAAAAUGGUUGAUAAAAUUAACGUGGAUCUCAACAUAUAUUUUGGGGAAGAUUUGUUUCUCUAUCGUAACAAGCUUUGAAUGAGGGACGCAGUAAAUCUCGCUGUUAUCCUAUACAUUCCUGAAGAUUAACGAGAGAGGUUGUGUCACAUUGUGUCUGCAAAUGGAAUUAGGGCGAUGAUAGCAUGCGUCUUUUCUUUGAAUCGAUAAUUCAUGAUUUCAGAACAAAAUCACCACUGUAAUGCGCAUAUUUGUCAACAAUAAAUCAUACUGUUAUCAACUA